UCUCUUCACUUUCAUUUCGUUUCCCCGCCCGCCGAGUACUGAAGAUUCAGAAUACUCUCCUGACGCGACGCCCCAACCGCCGUCGCCACUCUGGGCAACCCUCUUCCUGCCUCCCGUCCGCUGCCAUGGAAGACGACGCCCAAAGAGCCGUGGAUCUAGUCAAGGAACUGGUGCAUAGGCUACUUAGCACCUCCAACCUUCAAACCCACCAAGGAUACGAUCAAGCCCUCAAGUACUCCCUCCGGAUACUAUCCAGCCGAAUGACGCCCUCCAUUGCCGCCGACGAGUCCGCUAUGGUGGAAUCUAUUAAGCGACGUCUUGCCACCGCCGGUAAGUCCUCCGAAGCCCUAACAUUUUCCGAUCUUUGCACAAAAUUUUCGAUGAAAAAUGGUCAGGGGAGCGUGAAAAAUAAGUGGGCUGUACUCUAUUUGUUGAAAACUAUAUCCGAGGAUCGGAAAGUGGGGAAAAAUCAGUUUCCCAGUAGAAUUUCCGGUGGGCUUUUAGAUUCCGCAUUGGUCGGGGGAUUGCCCACAUUGUUUGGGGGCGAUGGGCUGAGUGGUGGUUCUGGUGGACUCGGGAAAAAUAGCGAUAAUUUAAGUGUUGGAAGGUUUGCAGAUGGAUUUGACGAUUUAAGGGGUUCUGAAAAUGUUAGGAAGUUGAGGAAUUCGGGUAAUUUGGAAAUGUUGGAUAAGAAUCGAGGUGAGAGGCAGUUGAGUGCUAGCUUGAGUGAUGAAUUCAGUGGGUUGAGAGCAAGUGAGCAUGUGGAGAAGCUGCAAAAUGGGGGCAUAUUGGUGUUGUCCAAGGACCCUGAAAAUAUUCGUGAUAUGGCCUACAGGGAGUUGAUCGAUUUGAUUAAGGAAGAAAGUGAGGUUUCAGAAGCUGUGUUGGUUAGAGAUGUGCUGUAUGUUUGUCAAGGGAUUAAUGGAAAGUAUGUGAAGUUUGAUGAGAAGGCAGAUGCUUAUGUGCUACCAGAGUUGGUUAAGGUGCCUCGGGCUACAAGGAUUAUGAUACGGAAGCUUUGUGAACUCGGCUGGCUGUUUAGGAAAGUGAAGCAGUACAUUACUGUAAGUAUGGAUCAAUUUCCUGCCAAGGAUGUUGGGACUGUUGGGCAGGCUUUUUGUGCUGCUUUACAAGAUGAGUUAUCGGAGUAUUAUAAGUUACUGGCGGUGCUUGAAGCACAGGCUAUGAAUCCUAUUCCAUUGGUUCAAGAAAAUGCAAGCUCAGGGAAUUAUCUGUCAUUGAGGAGAUUAUCCGUUUGGUUUUCUGAACCCCUGGUGAAGAUGAGGCUUAUGGCUGUUUUAGUUGAUAGCUGUAAGGUCUUGAAAGGAGGGGCCAUGGCUGGGGCAAUCCAUAUGCAUGCUCAACACGGUGAUCCCCUUGUGAAUGAUUUUAUGAAGAGGUUACUUCGGAGGGUUUGUUCACCGCUUUUUGAAAUGGUUAGGAGCUGGGUUUUGGAAGGGGAGCUUGAGGACAUUUUUGCAGAGUUUUUUGUCUUAAGCCAGCCUGUAAAGGCAGAGUCUCUUUGGAGGGAAGGGUAUCUUCUCCAUGAUGCAAUGCUUCCUGCUUUCAUUUCACAAUCGCUUGCUCAACGCAUCCUGCGAACAGGGAAAUCAAUUAAUUUCCUGAGAGUCUGUUGUGAGGACCGGGGAUGGGCUGAUGCUGCAGCAGGGACCGGUACUAGGAGAGGUGGUCUUGGAUAUGGUGAAACCGAUGCUCUUGAUUCCCUAGUUACUGACGCUGCAAAGAGGAUAGAUAAGCAUUUGUUGGAUGUGAUGUAUAAACAAUACAAAUUCAAGGAGCAUUGCCUUGCAAUUAAGCGAUAUCUACUUCUUGGACAAGGUGAUUUUGUUCAGUACCUAAUGGAUAUUGUUGGCCCAGAGCUUUCUGAAGCUGCCAACACCAUAAGCUACUUCAAACUUGCUGGAUUAUUGGAAACAGCAAUUAGGUCAUCAAAUGCACAGUAUGAUGAUCCUGAUAUUCUUGAAAGGUUAAGGGUAAAAUUGAUGCCACAUAACACUGGAGAUAGAGGAUGGGAUGUUUUUUCAUUGGAAUAUGAUGCAAGGGUUCCACUAAAUACUAUUUUUACCGAGUCUGUUAUGUCUAGGUAUCUAAGAAUCUUCAACUUUUUGUGGAAGCUAAGAAGGGUAGAGCAUGCGCUGACUAGUGUUUGGAAAACUAUGAAACCGAAUUGUGUCACUCCCCGGUUCUUUUCUAAGUUGCCAAAUGCUGUUAAAUCACAGUUGAUUUUGACAUCAAGGAAGUGUCAAGUGCUUUGGGGUGAAAUGAAUCAUUUUGUUUCAAAUCUGCAGUACUAUAUUAUGUUUGAAGUUUUGGAAGUGUCCUGGUCUAUUUUGUCGAAGGAAUUGGAAGCAGCUAAAGAUCUUGAUGGUCUGCUUGAGGCACACGAGAAGUACCUGUAUUCAAUUUUUGAAAAGUCUCUCCUUGGGGAACGGUCUCAACACCUGAAUAAGACUCUCUUUACCUUGUUUGAUCACAUAUUGCGCUUCAAAAGUCAUGCUGAUCGACUAUAUGAAGGCAUAAGUGAGAUGCAAUCAAGAGCCAUGGACUCCUCUCGGGAUAAGGCUCAAUUACAGAAACCAAGUAACAAAUCUUCAGAACCUAGCUCCUGGCUCGGUGAAGGCAGGAAAGAACUAACCCGCCGUGCUGGAGAGUUUCUUCGAAACAUGGGACAGGAUAUCCAUGCAAACGCCAAGGAGUUUUCAUCAGCUUUUGAGAGUUUUAUUUCUCUAUUGCCCAUACAACAACACGUGGACUUGAAGUUCCUCAUGUUUAGACUGGACUUCACUGAAUUUUACAGCCAACUAAGACCCGGCACAGGUGGGACUUUUUUGUAGCAUUAACCUCGACAAUAUGCUGAAGGGCACUGCAGUUUAUCAGCAGCAUGUUUUUUCAUACUGGUGCACAUCUUCUGAACCAGUGCUAUCUAUGUCUUGUGCUAGCUUACAAUGGUCUUGCUUGUAUAGUGUUUUGGUUUGCAAUAUCAGUGAUUUUCCAUGCCAUUGAUUAGUUAAGCUGAUGUGUUGUUUUAGGUUGUCCAUUGAUUGGUUAAGGUUUUUUUCUCUAUGGUUUUACUAGCUAUAUAUCACUCAUGGUCCUGUAAGCCUAUGGAUAGGCUUGGUAUUAUUGUGUUUAAAGAGAAGUUGUAAUUGGUUUUCUUGA